AGGAGUGAGUGAAACAACACAGACGUUCUCAUUUAAACAUUAGGCAAGCAAGUCUGGGAACUCCCUUUGAUCGUGCACUGGAGAGCGUACGGUUCUGCUUAAGGUCAUCCACGUCAAGACCGUCCACAUUGAAUGAUAUAUAGAAAUUUGAUAGUGAUGCCAGAAAACAAUAUGUGCGAGAGAGGGUUAGGUAGGCUGGGGAAUGUGGCAUGAAGUCGUGGAGCUUCUUUCACCUCGCGGUCAGGUGAAUAUUGAGCCAUGUUUAUGGUGCUGGUACAGUGUCCAGAGAAAAGGCUGGUGGACAGAGAUUUUCUGCGUUGUGGUCUGUUUAUGGUGGUUUACACUACACAGGUCAUGGGCUCCAGCCUGGAUGAUCUGAUUACUAAACGUGCUGAAUAUCAGGAGAACUGUACCAGAGCCCUGACAGCUACCUUUCCUACUGGAACCGAGAUUUUCUGCAAUGGAACAUUUGACAAGUUUGCCUGUUGGCCACAUUCAUCUCCUGGGAUCAUAUCUGUACCCUGUCCUCCCUAUUUACCAUGGAUCAAAGAAGGCACUACUGGAAAUGUGUACAUGGAAUGUACGGUCAACGGGACCUGGAAAACCGAGGAGAAUUCCAGCAUUGUAUGGAGAAAUCAGUCAGAAUGUGAAAACCCUCAUUUCUUUAAGUCUGAGGAAGACAAAGUAUUUCGUCAGUCUGUGUUGAGAGUAAUAUCCAUCGUCGGAUACUCGCUGUCCUUUUCUUCCCUUUCAUUGGCUGUUUUGAUAAUGAGUCGUCUGAGGAAGCUACACUGUACGAGGAACUACAUCCACAUGAACCUCUUUGUAUCAUUCAUACUUAGAGCAACAGCAGUCAUUACUAAAGAGGUUAUAUUACAAGUAAUGUAUUCAAGCCUGCCUAAUGAUGAAAUUGGAUGGAACAGCUACACAAAUUCAGUGAUGUUUUUGAUCUGCAAGGCCUCGAAGGUAUCCAUGGAAUAUUUUGUGGGGUGUAAUUACUUCUGGCUUUUGGUGGAGGCAGUGUUUCUGCACACGCUUCUGUUCACAGCAGUGCUGGCCAGGAAAAGACUUCUCAAGACGUACAUGAUUAUAGGAUGGGGCACCCCAUUGUUAUUUGUGAUACCUUGGACUGUUGUCAAAGCUUUGUAUGAAAAUAAAGACUGUUGGUCCAAUAACAUCAGGUGGAUCUGGUGGAUAAUCAGAGGUCCAAUAACAUUAGCAGUGAUUGUUGUUUUUUGCAUUUUUCUUAAAAUCAUCAAACUUUUGCUGUCAAAGUUAAAAGCUGACCAGUUGAAAUUCACUGACUACAGAUACAGUUUAGCCAAAGCAACACUUGUGUUGGUUCCUCUGCUCGGUGUCCAUGAGAUCGUCUUUACUAUAAUCAUUGAUGAAUCGGUUGACGGAAGCAACCGCUAUGCUCGAAACUUCAUCAAUCUAACCCUGAGCUCUUUCCAGGGUCUUAUAGUUGCAGUGCUGUAUUGCUUUGCUAAUGGAGAGGUCCAGGCUGAGCUAAAAAAGAGGUGGCAGGUGUUUCUUUUUUCCCACCGCUUUGAGGUCCACAACUGCUUUGCCGACAUGCAUCCCAAAUAUUUGUGGAAGUGUUCACAGAAGAAUCCCAGACAGGCGGCAGAACAGAGUGAAUCCAAUACAGAAGGAAACCACAUCAUCACCCAGGGACAACUAAUGCAAGUGUGUGUCCAAUCGGCUGAAGAUGUCCAUUGUGGACGAAAUACAGGCCUGGAGUUUUACACCAGAAAGAGUCUGUCCAGCAGUGAUGGGGAAAUGACUUUCGGAGAAACAGUCGAGGAAGUCAUAGAGGAGAGUGAGUUUUAAAUAACUCACUGUUUUUGGUUCAUUCUUGGGAUUCAUUUUUGUAUAAAAAUGUAAUUGAGAUGUUUAUUUCUAUACUUUAAUCACUGUAAAUUGUGUUUUUGAUAUGUUUUUUUUUGUAUGAAAGGACUAUUGAAAGGAUAUAAAAGGGCUAAAAAUAUUUUUUUUUUCAGGAAGCUCUGCAAUGUAGAAUUUCAUUUUUUUUUCACAAUUGUUGUAAAUAAUGCAUCAACAAACAUGAGAUCAUUGAGACCUAUGGUAGUUUAAUAAAAAAAUUACCUGGUGUAUAAUCUAGAUUAUAAAUUGAACAUUGUGGCUUUGAUAAGCCUCAUUUUUAUAUUCACUUUAUAAAUAUGGUCAUAAUAGUCAGUCCAUCUUUGGCUGAAACACAAAAUGCUGCUAUUACAUCACAUUUCAGAAUUUUUCAUUUUGAAACACAAACUGUGUUUACUGUGUAAAAAGCAUUAAGUAACAAUACUAAUAUUUGGAUGAUUUUUUUCAUGUGAAAUAUUACAAAAGGCUAUGUACAUAAUUCAUGUGUUACACAUGCACAGUGUGGACACAGGGACUGAAUACAGUAUAUUUUAACAAAGGACUGCUUGCAUGUUAAAGGACAAGUUCGGUAUUUUACACUUAAAGCCAGAUUGUUCAUGAUGAAAUAAAACGGUUUUGACUGAAAUUUGGACAUAUGAUGCUGACCCGAGAAUUUUCGGUUUCUGUUGUAUCACCCACUACCUGAAAUAUGUGUUAUUUUGCAGUGGCGGAGCCAGAGGGGUGUCCAGGGUGGCACUGGACACCCUUGACAUGUCACUGGCCACCCCGUGUGCCACCCCAAAUGUAAUGCGCUACUUUCACUUAAUCGCUAUGUUUACUUUCGACGUGCGACAGCGCAGCACAUUGUUAAAAACAAACACUAUGAAUAUUAAUUCCCUGCGGUCGCGGCGCAAACUCUUUAUUUUUCAAUCACUGCGCAAAGAGACUUGGAUUACUCUGCUGAUUUUGGACAUGCAGAUAUGAUUUAUACAUCAUUUAAAACUUUAAAGUGUCAUUUUUUUGUGUGGCUAUAAAAACUGAAUGUUGUGCUUUUCACAAAAUUAAGAAAAUAUACAUAAUGCGUGUUCUGUUAUCUCUCCAUCAGUGACGUCUUUUCAAAAACGCGUCAGAAAAAUGACUGUAACGAAUACUUUUCAUAGAAGAUAAAUGUUAUGUCUACAUAAUGCUUGGAAUCUCUUUAAAAUGAUGUAAGUGAAGUCGUACAUUGCUAAUACAUGAUUUCACCGUAUAUGCUGAAGUGUGGUAAUUUUCUUGUGGACUGAAUAAAGUCUAAGAUUGCCAAUGCUUUUUACAACAAAACCCAGCACCAUGUUUUCAUUCUUGACGUGAUAGGCUACUGUAUGAUUUUUAAUUCGACUGGAUUGCCACAUUGAACUUGAAAGCGCGACGUGCAUAUCCGAUUCAUGUUCGCGUCUAUUUUUGCUUAAACGGACAAUGCUCAUAUGUCAAAAUAGCUGUUUUGGUGAAUUUCAUACUAAACAUUUGGUUACUGUACGUCUUAAACGAAUAAACAUUUUAUUGCAUUCGGUCUUAUCCUAACGUGUUGAAAUCUGCAUUAAAGUUAAUUAAAUAUCAAAAGAAAAAAGAAAACUUUUGCAUCUUUUGUAUCUUCGUAAAUAAAGAUUAAUCCAAACAUCCUUUGUGUUGAGCUCUGCUAUUUGAAGUAAGUUUAAGGUUUAUCAUGGAGUUUAGAUUUCCUGAUCUUUUGUUUUCAUUAAAGGGAUACUUCACAAAAUGAAAAUUCUGUCAUAAUUUUUACAUCCUUAUGUUGUUCUAAACCUGUACGAAUUUCUUUUUUCUGAUGAACACAAAAGAAGAUAUUUUGAUGGUAUGCACACAGCUGUUAACCAUUGACUUCCAUAGUAGGAAUAAAAACAACAUGAUGGGAUUUAGUGGAUUUUGUGCUUACCAUCAUUUAUCAAAAUAUCUUCUUUUGUGUUUAUUAAAAUAAAAUACAGGUUUAGAACAACAUAUGGGUGAGUAAAUAAUGACAGAAUUUUCAUUUUUGGGCGAAUCCCUUUAACAAACAGUCAUUAAAUGUAAGAAAUACAGUAGAAAGAUUUAAAAUUCACCCUUAUUAUGUUUACAUAUAAUGCGAUAAAAAGAUUUAUUUAUGCUUUCUUAAUACAUGAUUACACGUCAUUUUCUUUUAUGGACUAUGGACCCCCUAAAGUACCGUUGGCCACCCCCUGGCCACCCCAUUAAAAAAAUUCUAGUUCCGCCACUGUUAUUUUGGUGAACGUGCCUGUACACAACUGAAAUCAAAAGUAUAACAUUGCACAUACACUUUUACACAUACAUUAUUUAUAAAAAAAAAAUAUUUCAAGAUGUAUAAAUUAAUUUGCAUGGACAAAAAUUAUUUUAAAAUCUUAUUGCUUCUUCUCUUUGAGCCUUUCUUGGACCUUUGAGGGUUCAUCAAACUGAAUCAGUCUGAGGAUGUUCUUAUUCUCCAUGACUCCUUGAAUGAACUCUCCCUCUGAUAUUUUACCUGACAAGAAAAAAAACCAAUAACCUGUCAAUUUUGUUCUAGAAAAAUAUUCUUCAAAGCUCAAUAAAAGAAAAACUGUCUAUUAAAA